CACAACCAUAUGCAAGAGUGGAUAUCUUAAGUGAGGCCACAGAAAAAUUUGUGAGUUUUUUUUGUGCAUUUGCUAAAUUUCUUUCUUUUUCCUUUCCCCCUUCUCUAUAACAUCCCGCUUCUGAGAUCCCUUUCUGUCAUCGUCUGUCUUUCAAGAAAUUUGUUGUACUGCAAAAUUUUAAGGGUUGGUUUGUUUUUUUCUUGAUUUUGAACUCAAACUUCAGCUGCAGAAAAUCUCAAAGCAAACCCCCUAUAAGGGUGUUUUUGAAAGCCAGGUGAUUCAGAAUAGAGAUCCAGUUUUCUCUUGUAACUUUGGUAUAGUUUCUUGUAGCUCUUCUUUUUACUAGUACUAUCAAGGAUACCAAAAGGUUCUUUAUUUUGAAACCUGUUUGAUCCUUUUCUUUUCUUUCUUCCUCUCCUACCAUCUGUUUCUUUAGUUUCUUGGUUCACAAGAACUCGGUUGUUAGUUUUUUCACGACUUUUUUUUGGCUCAGAUCUCUUUUUUUUUUAAGUCUGAAUUAUUGAUCUAAGUUAUGGCAACAGCUAUAGAUAUCUACAGUUAUAGUAAUCCUGUUUUCUCAUUAUCAUCAGAUCCCUUGAGGGAAGAGCUGAUGAAAGCACUUGAACCUUUUAUGAAAGGUGCUUCUUCUUUGCCCUCCUCUCCUACUACUACCUCUUCUCCCUUUUCCUCCUCUUCGUCUUCUCUUUCUCCUCCUUCUACUUCUUCUUCUUCUUGCUCUUCUUACUACCCUUUCGACUCUUCUUCUUUCUCUUCUGAGCCCAACAUGUACUCUUCUUUUACCUCAUAUGUUCCAUCCACAGCCCACAUGUUUUCUCAAGGGUUGUCUAGCUUUGAUGAGAUGGGAUUUGAUGAGCAAUCAGGUGGUGGUUCAAUUGGGUUAAACCAUCUGACCCCAUAUCAGAUCCUUCAAGUCGAGGCUCAAAUCAAACUUCAAAAUCAACAACAGCAAUACUUAGCUGCUCAGUCCCUCCAAAACUAUAGCUCAACCAGGCAAUUGCAGCACCAGAAUCAUUCCCACUUGAGCUUUCUUGGCCCAAAACCUGUCCAAAUGAAGCAAGUUGGAACUCCUCCAAAACCCGCCAAGCUUUACAGGGGAGUUAGACAGCGACAUUGGGGCAAAUGGGUAGCUGAAAUCAGACUCCCCAAGAACAGAACUAGGCUUUGGCUUGGAACCUUUGACACAGCUGAAGAAGCCGCCUUGGCCUAUGAUAAGGCUGCUUAUAAGCUGAGAGGAGAGUUUGCUAGGCUUAAUUUUCCAAAUCUUCGGCAUCAAUUAAGCCAAGAUUUUGGUGACUUCAAACCUUUGCAUUCCUCUGUUGAUGCUAAACUUGAAGCCAUUUGUCAAAGCUUGGCCGAUUCUCAGAAACAGGGGAAUACAGGGGAGCAGCAGCAGAAGAAGGUCGGGGUACAGACAAUCCCAAAAGUGGAAAACACCUUUGAUGAUUCAUUGAACAGUGAAUAUUUCUAUCCAGGAAAUGAGGGUGUUAAGGUGGAGGAGACCUCAUCAUCAUUAUCACCUUCAAGAUCUGAUGAAACAUCAUCACUGGAAAUGUCUUCACCUGAAUCUGAUAUAACUUUCUUGGAUUUUGCUGAGCCCACUUUUGACCAGUCAGAGAAUUUCUUGUUGCAGAAGUACCCCUCAGUGGAGAUUGAUUGGGCAGCUUUAUAAUUUACUAUAUCUACUACAUGUAUUAGUUUUUUUGUUUCCUUUCCUUUUUCUAGUCAAGAUUUUAAUAUUGUAAUAAUCUAGAGUAUCGUAGAGUCUGAACUAUGGCUUUCCGCAAUGGUUUUUUUGACAUCUGCAGAAGCCAGUGAUUAGUGGUGGUGCUGAAGUGUCUAGUCUGUCCAUAUGUGGUCUGCUGGCAUUUUUAUCUGUGCAUGACCAAGUGGAGAUAUUUCUAUCUGCAUGUGUUUGGUUUUGUAGUUAAUGUAACCAAGCAUAUCCAUGCAUGUAUAAUGUACUAUCAGCCUUGUUUAAUGUAAAUUAUGGUGUGUGCUAUAUUUCUUUUGAUUA